CUGAUCUACCUCCAUAAAAACGGCAUUGCCCAUAGGGAUAUAAAAGCGGCCAACAUCGCGCUUACGGAAGAUGCCGAAGUUCGUAUAAUCGACUUCGGCCUUGCAGUAGAACUAAAAUGGUACCAGUCCAGCACUCAAUUAGCAGGAACACCGAAUUACACCGCCCCUGAGGUGUGGACUGGUGCACGUUACAAAUUUGAGGUAAGACUUCAGUUGUCAAAUUGCCCCUUGUGCCUUAGGUCUCAGAACAGAUGGAAUACACUAAAUUAGUUUGAGCUGUCAGUGUCGGAACUUAUAUCCAUGUGUCCUACACACAAGUUAUAUAUAGCGGCUAAGCCCAGGGCUCACUCCUAUCCCCCCUCAACCCUUAGAUCACAUAAGCCCCACCCAGCUUCAUCUAGUUAAAACGAUUACUUUGGGCUUUUUACACCAAUACAAAGUGACAGUGAUGCUGCUUAUUGUUGCUAUUGUUUCCCCUUAGUUACACUUCCGUCAUUAUAAAUGAGCCAUAAUGGAAAACCUAUAGGUGCAAUAAUUUACUUUUUGUCUUUUUACUUCAGUGCGACAUAUGGUCAUUAGGGAUAACGGCCAUAGAGAUGGCAGACGGGGAUCCCCCGCUGUCACAGUUAGCAGCUGGAACAUGCAUACCUCUCAAUGAUCCACCAACGUUUAAGAGACCAGACAUAUGGUCUGAAGCAUUUAAUUCAUUUUUAAAGCUCUGUCUCACUAAGAAGCAGAGAGACAGACCAAAGGCCAAAGCUCUAAUUCAGCAUCCUUUUGUAAAAGACCUUCAAAAUGAGGCUGAGGCCAAAGAAGAGCUCAGAGCUCUCAUCCGCAGAGCAAAUACGAUCAGAGCCUGCGAGAAAAAAUUCUAUAAACCAAAGGAAGAACCCCAAAGAUCUGAAAAGAGAACAUCUGGCUCUCAAAAUGUUGAAGGAAAACAUAAAGGAAAGGGGAACAUAGAAGAAAAUAUAGGAAAGGAUAAUAUAGAAGAGAAGGAGAAGAUAGGAGAAAAUAAUGGAAAGGAGAAGAUAGGAGAAAAUAUAGGAAAGGAUAAUAUAGAAGAGAAGGAGAAGAUAGGAGAAAAUAGUGGAAAGGAGAAGAUAGGAGAAAAUAGUGGAAAGGAGAAGAUAGGAGAAAAUAUAGGAAAGGAUAAUAUAGAAGAGAAGAUAGGAUGA